AUUGAAUGUUGGUUGCCCUUGCUAAGUAUUUAUGUGCCUCCGGUUGAAAAUUUCCUCCGUUACUGCCUAUGUACAUUUGCUAAGAAUUCCCGUUGUGAACCAAAAACAAAAUCUCAUUUUGAAUAAAAGUGGAGCAGAAUCUUUAGUGAAGAAAUCAUAAGCCAUUGGUGGUAAUGGAGUAAAGUUGUACUUCAAAAUGAUGCAAACUUUUAUAUCACAACGAACUUGCUUCAGUUGUUCAAUUUUCUUAUUCCUCCUGGGAUCAAUAUUUUUAUAUGUAUAUAUCUCCCGUUCUCAAAAUAUCCCGAACUUUUUGCGUAAACUCCCAUAUAAUGUGACAGAUUUGGGAAAUUUUGUUGUUUCGGAACAACAAGAGUGCCCAAAAGAAAAUCCUCACGCUAUUGGGCGUUUAAAAAUCGAGACUAAUGUACCUACUUGGGAUUCCUUAAUGGAGAAAUAUACAUCAUUACCCUCUCAACGUAAAAUUAUCCUUUCAAAAGGUGGCAACUAUUCACAACCCAGUUUAAACCCUGUGGUGAUCCACAAUGGAUCUAUUAGUUUCCACAAUUACACCGAUUCAUUGGAGAAAUACGUCGGAUUGUGGCGUCCAAAUGUAUGUGAUCCAACUGAAAAGCUGGCUGUUAUUGUCCCGUAUCGAAAUCGUGAUAUUCAUUUGCGUAUGUUUUUAGGACAUAUGCAUGCUUUUCUGCGUAACCAACUGCUUAUGUAUACCAUUUUCGUUAUAAAUCAAGACGGUGAAACUCAUUUCAAUCGUGCCCUUCUUCUGAAUGCUGGGUUUAUCGAGUCGAAACGGGUUACAAAUUUUGACUGCUUCAUAUUUCAUGAUGUGGAUUUAUUGCCUGAAGACGAUCGAAAUUCAUAUCGUUGUGCCAACCAACCGAGACACCUAUCUGUUGCUGUGGACAAGUUUAACUACCGUCUUCCUUAUCUUACGAUUUUUGGCGGAGCUGUGGCGUUCACCAAGAAACAGUUUGAAAAGGUUGGUGGAUUUUCAAAUAUGUAUUUUGGAUGGGGUGGAGAAGAUGACGAUUUAUACGCUAGAGUAGUCUAUCAUAAUUACAGCGUUAUGCGUUACCCUGAAGAAAUCGCUCGUUACAGAAUGAUUAGUCAUAAGAAAGACCCAAGUAAUCCGGUCAAUCCUAAACGUAACGAACUUCUGAAGGAUGCAUCAAGUCGCUUUAAAACAGAUGGUUACUGGAAUGCGAAUUAUACGCUACUGGAGUCUUACCCUGCUUACAAUGGCCUGUUUUACUGGGUGUCGAUCACUCCAUAAAUGGGUGAGAAGAUUCAGCACAUUCCGAUUAUUUGUGCUGUCACAGAAUACUCCGUAUACGAAGAUCACAUCGUUCACCGAAUUCCCCAUGAUUUUUUUACUGAAUGACUUUUCCUACUUCUACUUUCAUUUUGUCCAGUUUCCAUAAUGUUUUCCAACUAUUAUUUUAGAUUUUGUAUAUUUUACACAAAAUGUUGUUCCAUUUUUCUCAACGUCUAAUUUCUGGAUUCAUAAUUUUUUAAAACAAAUUAGACAAUCUGUAAAUGCUGUUUAGUUAAAAAAAAUAUGUUGUAAUUGUUUACGUUUAUAUUUUACCGCUAGUUCCAUUGAUAAAAAGGUAGUUACUGUUCAAUUUUAAAGAUCUUCAUUGUAUGCCAUAGCAACAGGAGCAUUGCGAAAAGAUCUGUUUCCAUGAUCAUCAGAUGAGACUAAAUGCUCCAUGGAUUUGUUUCUGUUACUUGUGUAGUUGUAGGAUUUUUCUUUGAUAGAUUAACAUUAUCAGCAUAAGCAGCCAAAACUUGUAAUUGGUAAUUCGAUCGGAAACAUUGAAAAAUCGAUUGGUCAAAUAUAAGUCGAUUGAUUGUAAUAUCGCCGAGCAUUAACUUGUUAAUUUAUUGCAAACAAUUAGUAUUCAGUAUUUUCUAUGUUUAAAGAUAUCAACGUUGGAUUGUGGAAGAAAUUUGAACAAGAUUGAUGGUGUUUAAUAUUAGUUCGACGUUUAAAAUACGUUAUCUUGCAGUUGGGAUGUGAAUUUACCCAAAACCUUUGCUUUUUCUACACAGGUCCAAAUUAAAGACUCUUAUAAAUAUUCACUCAGCUCCAUAAUUUAUUAUUCUUGACCAAAUUAACUCAAAUUCAACUCUAUCUAAUAUGCUUAACAUAAAAUAUAACAAUGUUUAUCAGGCUUUCUUCUGUGUGAAUAGCGUAUUUUUAUCACAGGUAAAUGGGUUUACUGAUUUUAGCAAUUACUAGCACAACCACCAAAUUUUCUAUGGUGGUCUAGCUUUAAUCGACUCAUGAAUUCACUUAAUAAAUACAUUACUUCAUCAAAUGAAUUGUAUUAAAUUCUGUUUUCUUUUUAGAAUGAGUAUUUGCUCUAAAUUGUAAAUGUCGUUUGUGUCUAUUUUCUAGUAACAUUUAAAGAACAUUAAUUUUUGUGUUUUCACUUUUUUAUUUUUUCUAAAACAUCUUAGUUUAAACUUUUGAUGUGCUUACAUUUUUAUACUGAUUAAUGUUUGACUGAGUUAUCAGAAAUAAAACAGAAAAAAACUAUAUGUAAUAUCAA